AUGGGCAACUCGGACGUCAGUGACCGUGCCCAGAAAAGAGCAGCCCAGUUCUUGGCACCGUAUCUGGCUGGCCUCAUGUGCAAAAGGUUGAGUCGGACAUGUUUGGCUUUGUACCGGUUGGAGUUUGAGAGAACAGGUGCUGCCGAUGCUAAUCAAGUGGGCGAUCGAUUUUUGAGCCCGGAAUGCAGACUUCUUCAUGGAUAUGUGAAAGAAUGCAUCGUGGAAAGCAUUCGCACUGGUAUUCAAACCAGUUUUUAUACUUGCGACUACACCACCAAACCUUCCAUGACGUGUGGACCCAUGCUGAAGCAUUUGACUCAUGGGAUGAAGAAUUUGGAGGAGAAAAUGCAAGCUGAAGCCGAGCAAGAGGAAGCUCAGCGGCUUCAGCUUGCAUACCCGCUGCCGGCCGUGCGAGAAGGUCGAGGCUUGACGGCCGAGCAGCGGGAGGCCCGACGCCGCGAAGUGCUACGGACGCACAUCUUCUGGCGCAUCAUGAUGAAGCGAGUACUUUGGGGCGUGUUUGAGGAAAUGCGCAGAAACGCCGAAAAACUCGCGGAUUCGUUUGAGCUCCAGACGACCGCUGCAGUCGAGGACAUUGAGCUGCCGCAAGUUGGGACACAAGCAGCGGACACGCGGGCCACUUCUUUCUACGAGGACUACUUGCAUCGAGGAAUCGCAGAGCCAUUAGCUUCCAUGAACUUGUAUGUUUAUGCAAUGCAUGUAAGUGCUGUGCCGUCACGGGAAGCCCGCAAGUUUGAUCAUGGUGAGUUUGAUUUUUCGGAGCAUUAUGUCAAAGCGAAGACGCAUGUGCAGGUUCUUCAUGCGGCCCCCCGCAUUCCUUAUUUGCAUGGAAUAUCGAUGCCCACAAAACAGAAAGAUCCGGACAUGUGGGCUGCUGUGCACAUUGCCUUACUUCGAAAGCAUUGCUGUGAAGAUGAGAAGGUUUGCGGUCAGGCGAGCGCUGUUCGCCAUAUUCAUAUCUUCCCUGGAAAGUCACGUGUGCGUGUGGUGUCUCCUGGCAACGAUGCUCGUAUAGUGAAAGAUUCCACUGGUGUCUUGGCGGAAUGGAAAGCUACUGAAGCCCGUGUGCAGUGCUUGGCAGACCGUGCAGAUGUUGUGGAUGUAACUGCUUUGCGCCAGUACAAAGUCCCUGGAACUGUGGAGAACUGCGAUGUCUUUGAGUUUUUGCUGAAGAUGUUUACAGGGCCAAAUCGCCCAAUGACUCGUCGCACCUGGAAACAAGGUCGUCGCAAGCGGACAGCCUGCAGUACCGUACCGCUGAUAUCUGAAAGGAUCCUUGGGAACAUUUUUGAUUGUGUGGGACAUUUGACGGCAGAGGACGGUGAAGCUAUUUUGCUCGGGAAUACUCCGGAACACUUUGACAAUUGUGUGUUGCAUCGACCAGAUGUUCUUACGGACGGCAUAGUGAACAACUGA